AUGACAACAAUUGGGGAUACCAUGGGUUUCCAUGUUUCUAGCGUGUCCAGGAGUGUUAGGGAUGUGUCAGCCGCACUGUGUGAUAUUGCUCCACAAUAUAUCAAAUGGCCCACAGAUCCAGCAGAGAAGAUGACCAUUAAGCAGGGAUUUUACUCCAUUGCCUCAUUCCCUGGAGUUAUCGGGGCUGUAGAUGGGACUCAUAUUCGAAUCCAGUCCCCGAGAGAAUAUGAACAUACCUAUGUUAAUAGAAAGGGGUUUCACUCCAUAAAUGUCCAGGGAAUAUGUGACCAUACAGGGAAAUUUUUGAAUGUUUCUGCAAAGUGGCCAGGUUCGAACCACGACUCUUUUAUUUUCCGGAGUUCGGACAUCGGCAUUCAUUUAGAAGGAAACCAUCGGGGUAUUGAUGUGGACGGGGUUCUUUUGGGAGAUAGUGGGUAUGCCUGCAGUAGGUACUUACUUACGCCAUACCUGCGGCCUAGUACAAGAGCACAAAUAAAGUACAAUGAUGCUCAUGCAAAAACUAGGGGUGUCGUGGAAAGGUGUUUUGGUUGGUGGAAGAGGCGUUUUAUAGUGCUUCAUGAAGAAAAUAAAUGUGAACCAGGGCGGGUUGCAAAGAUAGCGGUGGCUUGUGCUGUACUGCACAAUAUAGCUCUUCAGAGACAUGAGCCAAUGGAAGAUGAUAUUAAUGGCCCAGGAGACAAUGGGGGAAAUGACGGAGCAGUGCAGGGUCCCAUCAAUGAUAAUGUCAGGAGAUUUAUCACAGAGCAUUAUUUCAACUGAGUGUUCUCAAAAUUUGAUGAAAUUUUAUUAAUGCAGCUAAAAACUGAAUAUUUAGAAAUGUCAACAGUUUUUCAAACUAAGAAAUACAACACAGAGAAAUUUCAUUUUUAAAAAUAUAAAUCAAGAACAAGAUGCCUAUGGACCACAAAGCUCACCAAAGACACUCUGACCUUAUUCUUAGUUUAUCAGCAGACCCCCCCCCCCUAUAUACUUCUGUAUUUAACACUGAUCCC